GUUGCACACACAAUCCACGUGACAGCGCAAAAGCUCAGCGCCUGCUGCUGCGUCACGACCUGCGUGUCACAGCAACUCGACCACUUCAGAAAAAAGUUCGCGGCAGACCAGGAGCACGAGCAUCCGUGGACUUUUGCCGCGUCUGUUGUCGUUCUUUCGGUUCCCGAUCCAGGGUAGUGCAAAAGUGUGAAAUGCGAUUCCGUGGUGUGAUUACCCCGUUGCUAACGCCGUUCAAUGACGACGGCUCUAUCAAUUAUGAGCAUUUGGAGAGGAAUUUGAAGGCGUGGAAUGAAUGGAACAUCGACGGAGUCGUGGUAAAUGGCAGCGGCGGAGAAUUCCCGCACACAAGUCAAGAGGAGCAAAUGGAUCUCGUCAAGUUUGUGAAAGCCCGUACGUCCAAGUUCGUCAUCGCCUGUGUGCCGGAGCAAGGCACGAAGCUUGCCGCAGACGGCUGCAGGAAGGCGGCAGAAGCCGGAGCCGACGCGGCCCUCGUCUUCGUUCCCUAUUACUGGCGCGACGCCCUGUCCGACGACGUGAUUUUCGAUCACUUCACUGCAGUCGCGGAUUCCAGCCCUAUCCCCGUUCUGCUCUACGCCAAUCCCCCGAGCACGCUGUUUGAAAUCAGCGUAAACGUGGCUGUGAAGCUAGCUGAUCAUCCGAACAUCGUCGGAAUGAAGGAUAGUACGGCUGACCGAUUGCUGGCCAAAGAUUUGUCGCAGAGGGUUUCCGUGUUGUUUCGAUAUCGGUCUGUCAGUCCAGUUUUCGAUGAUCUGUCACUCCAGGUUUCCAAGCUGGGGUUGAUUGCUCAGGCGACGAAGGGGAAACAUUUCGACGUUCUCGUCGGACGCGACACCCUGCUCGUACCUGGCUGGCUCCUGGGUUGCUCUGGUGGGAUCGUGGGCAUGUCCAGCUCCUUGGGGAAACUACACGGGGAAAUGCAAGCCCUUGUCAAGGACCACAGAUUUGAAGAAGCUGCCGAAAUUCAUCACAAGAUUACCUCUGUAGCGGCCGCGGUAACGUCUAUGUCAGUGAUACCUGCCCUCAAAGCGCUAAUGGAUAUUGUAGGUUUGUAUGGCGGCCCUCCAAGGGCCCCUUUGAAAUCUAUUCCCGAAGCUGGAACUGCGAAACUGAGGGACGCUGUGGAAAAAAUUGGAUUUAAACUUUAAUCCCUACGCAUCCCUUACAUACAAAGAACGAAGUGAGAAAAUUUUAUCCUGGUGCUCGAAAGCCAUCUGGUGCUCUAAAAUUCUUCCAUGAUGGAAUAUUUCGCAAUACAGUCAAUACUGUACAUGUUCAUGCUGCAAGGAAAUAGAGUGGCUCAUUCACAAAA